AUGAAGUCGACCGCCGGGUGGUUGUGGACGAGUAUCCUUUUCACUAUCACCACCGCUCUGGACACCGGCAUCACCUAUCCCAACAACACGCCUCCAAAAGGUGUCGAUGUAUGGUGCGGAAAGGCGUACAGGGCUACCGACAGUAUCCUCGUCGAAGCUGGUUGGCAACACCCUCCACCGCCCUCGAAAGAACCAUUGCUGGAGUUGACUUGCCGCCCGCGGUUGAAGCCGUACGUAAAGGGCCUCUCGCCUCGGCCAGGGGUACUGUUCGAUGCGAAGGUACACACUCCAUUCCUCCAAUUUCCAUUCGUCAAUGCGACCCCUCCACAACGGAUCUGGGUGAGCGCGUGGAUCGGGUCCAUAUCACUCGGCGGGGGAUAUAUGGACCUCGGCGGGCAGCUAGAGAUACAAUUCGCUGGGCUUGAAGAGCUCUCCACCCGAAUGGAGGCGUAUACCGUCGACUGCGAGGCGGCUGUGGGGCCAGCCGAAGCGCCGUUUGCAAGUGCGACCGCAGAGCUGUUCUGGCUGCCGCCGAAUCCGUAUGGUGGCUCCACGGUGCAGUUGGAUACUAAGACGGAUGAGCUGGUGUCAGCUUCUUUUCGUGGGCACAAGAUCUUUCCGAUCGGGUAUUACACGGGCUGGGGGAAUUACCUGGCUGGCAACUGGAGUGAUCUGGGGCAUAUCAAGAAGGCGGGCUUCACGAUGGUGCAUCCGAUUCCCGGGGGCGGGCCUGCGAGUGUGGCUUGGGGCGAAGAGUCCGGCAGCUUGGAGAGGUUUCGCGAGUUUAUGGAUAAGGCACACGAGGUCGGUCUGUGGGUAAUGUAUGAUAUGCGCCAUACAUUUGCGUCCGCCGAGGAGCUGGAGGUACAGGUAAAGAUGUUUCGGGGGCAUCCGGCACUGCUGCUUUGGUAUACUGCGGAUGAACCAGAUGGUCACAAUAACCCAACCGAUUCGACGCUUCUCGCGUACAACACCAUCAGCGCCCUCGACGGCUACCACCCAAUAUCCUUCACCCCCAACUGCCAAAACUACUUCUUCACACAGUACGCGUCCGGCGCUGACAUAGUGAUACCGGACGUCUAUCCUGUGGGGCUGAACCCAACCUUCUCCAACGUGUACAACACUCCCUGCAACCGCACCUAUGGUUGCUGCGGCUGCGAUAACUGUGCGGCUACACUGCAGGACCUUGGCACUCGAAUUCUCGAGAUGAAGGAGUACGCACGGUGUUCAGGAACGCACAAGACCUUUUGGGGCGUGGCUCAGGCCUUUGGGAAUUCCGAGUUUUGGACGCGCAUGCCUACCAAGGCUGAGAUGGUUGAAAUGAGUCGCGACGCCGUUGUCCGUGCGGGUGCGAAGGGACUGUUGUAUUGGAGUGCGCCGACCACCCGCGAGAUUUGGGAGGGCACGGCGGAUGUGGCCAAGUGGAUGAAUGGCUACGCGGCGGAACCCGUCAUCAGGAUGGAGGAGGUGGGAGGGAAAGAGACAAUCAAGAGUGAGCUGUAG